AUCCGGCCUUAUGUUCGAGAGGCAUGCACCAAGACUCGUGAGGGUUGUGGCGUGCAUGCGCGCCGCUUUGUGGGUAUGAAGGAGGUUGUUAGUGUGGUGGUAGAGGCUGUAGGGGAGGAGAGGCUGUGUUCGAGAGGUGUGCUUAGAGGAAAUGGUCGUUGGCGUGGUGGCAUGGAGAGAGGGGCUUAG